AACGUGUCUCAGGAUGACCCUGACAAUCCGAUAGGCGUUCAAAAUAUAUAAGCUGGUGAAGCAAUGCAAGAUUUUAGAGAUCUUGGUAAUAAAAUAGACGAGAAAAUUAAUGUGUCUCAAAUGAUAGCACAAUUAAAUACGGAUCAAAAAAGGACAUUCGAUAGAGUCAUUGAUACUAUAAGGUCAGAUAAUUCGAUAUUACGAUUGUAUGUUAGCGGAGAAGGUGGAACUGGAAAGAGUUUCUUAAUUAAAACAAUUAAGUGUUGGAUAAAACAAUAUCUCAAUAAAGAUACCGCUAUAGCGGCACCUACUGGCAUAGCAGCGUUUAAUGUAGACGGUUUGACAGUUCAUAGAUUACUUCAAUUACCUGUUGAACAUGGUCUUACUCCAAACUAUAAACAAUUGUCUGAUCAUGUGUUAAAAGUUUUACGAGCAGAUCUCAAGGAUGUUGUUCUUUUUGUGAUUGAUGAAGUGUCAAUGAUAUCUAAUUUGACUUUAAUGUAUAUACAUCUUCGAUUGUCUGAAAUAUUUAAUACUAAUGAUUGUGAAGACGGUUGGUUCGGUUGAAAGCACAUUCUUUUAUUCGGCGAUCUGCUUCAAUUACCUCCUGUACGUGAAGAUCCUAUUUUUGUACGAUUACCAAAUGACAAAAUUAAUAAAUGUGUGGGUUCUUUAACUGCUGUUAAUUUAUGGGCUACAUUAUUUGAUUAUGAUGAGUUGACGAUCAAUACGCGUCAGCAAGGGGAUGAUUCUUAUCGACAGUUGUCAAGAAUUCGUAUUGGUUUAGUGACAAAGUCUGAUUGCGAGAUUCUUGAAAAUCGAAAAAUAUCGUUUAAAGGUGAUUCUUUUGAAUCUAGAUUAAACGAAUUAUGUAAUUUUAUUAAUGAUUUUCCGUUGGACAUUAUUUGUUUAUUGCCUACUCGUCAUAUGUGUGAUGUUCUUAAUGCUGCAAUGUUAAACCGCAUUGCUUCGAAAGAGAUAUUAUUAAUUGCCGAAGACACGAUUGACUGUAUACCAUAUGUGAGAAAGAAAGUAUCAAAAGUAUUAUCGAAUAAUGAUGAUGAUAAUUCUAAAACUGCUGGACUUUCAAAAGAAAUUGUAAUUAAGAUUGGAGCAAAAGUUAUGAUAAGGCGUAAUAUUGAUGCUACCUUAGGUCUUGUGAAUGGUACAAUAGCUAAGGUAAUUUCAGUUGUACAAGAUACGUCUACCGAUGAUGUAGAAAAAGUAAAGCUUCUUUUACCAUCAGGAUUAGAAUAUUUAAUUGAAAGAGUGAGCAUUAAAUUUCAAGUGGUGGAUAGAGCGUUUGUUACUAGAAAACAAUUUCCAUUGUGUCUGAGUUAUGGAAUCACCAUUCAUAAAAGUCAAGGAUUGAGCUUACAAAGUGCUAUCAUGGACAUAGGCAACUCUAUAUUUAAUUGUGGUCAAGUUUAUGUUGCAUUAUCACGAGUAACGUCUCUAGAAGGGUUGCAUUUAAUUAACUAUGAUCCUUCGUCAGUAACAGCUGAUGAAAACGCUAUUAGGGAAUAUAAUCGACUAAGAAAUAAGUACAAACCAGAAGCAGAAAUAAUUACUGUUGCAAAAGAACGCUAUCGCAAAGUGAAAGAUGUUCAAUGGGCAUUGUCAAAAGUAAUUGCUUCAAUUCAAGAGAAUUGUCAAAAUCAAAAUCAAAAAUUACGGCAAAAUGUUGCUUGGGUUUUACAUGGUUUACAAAAUACAGACAAUGUUUCGUGUUAUGCAAAUGCAGCAUUACAAUGUCUAAUGCAUUUAAGUCCUAUUAGAAAACAAUUGGUGAAGUGUAAUAAAUCAGAUGUUUUAAGAAUGUUGAUGCAUCGAUAUGAAAAUGGAAUGUGCAAUUUGAAUACAUAUGCAGUACAGCAAUAUUUAGGAGAACCGUUUUCAAUAAAUGUAAAACGUGAUGUGUUCGAGUUUCUUACAAUCCUAUGCACUAAAUAUGAUUGUAUAAGACAACUGGUAGAGCAUCAAGUAACUUCUACUAGUCGAUUGGUUUAUGUAUUGAGGAUGGUCAUUACACGAGUAUAUGUAGAGAAGGAAUGUCUAGUAAUUGGACUGAAGCUGAUGAUGCACAAAUUAAAAAAAGACAAUAGCUUAGAGGUACCUCAUAUUUCGACUUUCAUCAGAAUCCAUCAACGUCUUAUGGAAACAGGAUCCUUCGCAAGGAGGACAACUGAUAUUCCAGGAAGGCCUAGAACAACUAGGACUCCUGCACUGGAGGAAGACGUUCUGAAUGCAAUUGAACAUCAUCCAGAAACGAGCACCAGAAAAAUUGCUGCUGACUUCCAUGUUCAAUUUGUAUUUAAUGUAUGGGUGGGAAUUAUUGGUGAUUUUUUUAUUGGUCCUGUCUUUCUUCCCUUGAGACUUAACGGUGCUUCGUAUCUACAUUUUCUUGAAGAUGAGCUACCUUUGGAAGAUAUUCCACUCAUGCUCAGAAGUAGAAUGUGA